UCCCCUUGUCUCUCUGCGGUCGCCGGCUAGCAGCGAUGGAGGGGACCCCGGAGUCUGGCUCGUCCGCUCCCGGGUCCGCAGAGCCCGCGGGUUCUGCGAGGGGCCCCGAGGAGUUGCCUCCCGAGGAGUCGGAGGGCUGCGCCCGGCCCCUGGAGGCGGCCCCAAAGAAGCUCUGUGGGUAUUUAAGUAAGUUUGGCGGCAAAGGGCCCAUGCGGGGCUGGAAAUCCCGCUGGUUCUUCUACGACGAGAGGAAACGUCAUCUGUAUUAUUCGCGGACCGCGCAGGAUGCUAAUCCUUUGGGCAGCAUCGACCUCUCCAGUGCGAUCUUUGACUGCAAAGCUGACGCUGAGGAGGGGACUUUCGAAAUCAAGACUCCCAGCCGGGUUAUGACCCUGAAGGCCGCCACCAAGCAAGUGAUGCUGUACUGGCUGCAGCAGCUACAGAUGAAGCGCUGGGAGUUCCACAACAGCCCGCCUGCACCAGAAGCCGCCCUGGCUGGGAACGGGCCCGCCCUGCACCUCGAGCUAGGGCAAGAGGAGGCGGAGCUGGAGGAGUUCCUGUGUCCCGUGAAAAUGCCCACUGGGCUCGUGGGCAUGGCAGCUGCCUUGCAGCCAGUCCCUGCCAUGCCCUUGGCCCUUCAGAACAUUUCCCUCAAGCACCUGGGAACUGAAAUACAAAACACCAUGCACAAUAUCCGUGGCAACAAGCAAGCCCAAGGAACAGGCCGUGGACCUCCAGGGGAAGAGUCUUCACCCAGCGGGGAGCCUCAGAGGGAGGAGCAGCCCUCGGCCCCUGACCCCAGCACCCCAGUGAGAGAGCCAGCGGAUUCUCCAAAGCCUGCACCCAAGUCCUCUCUGACCACCAACCUCAUUCAGAAAGCCAAGCGCCAGGGCAACACCUUCCCGCUCUUUUCUGAAGGACUCACGCGGAACCGAACUGCCCAGGAGAAAGUGGUGGCCUUGGAGCAGCAGGUUCUGAUGCUCACCAAGGAGUUAAAAUCUCAGAAGGAGCUGGUGAAGAUCCUGCACAAGGCGCUGGAGGCCGCCCAGCAGGAGAAGAGGGCGUCCAGCGCAUACCUGGCGGCGGCCGCGGACGAGGACCGGCUGGAGCUGGUGCGGCACAAAGUGCGGCAGAUCGCAGAGCUGAGCAGGCGGGUGGAGGCCCUGGAGCAGGAGCGGGAGAGCCUGGCGCACACGGCCAGCCUGCGGGAGCGGCAGGUGCAGGAGCUGCAGCAGCACGUGCAGCUGCUCAUGGACAAGAACCAGGCCAAGCAGCAGGUCAUCUGCCAGCUCUCUGAGAAGGUCACCCGGGACUUCAUACGCCCCCCUGACCAGCCCUCUGUCCCCGCUGACGCUGCUGACAGGGACUUCCUGAGCCAGCAGGAGAGGCUAGAGCACCUGAAGGAUGACAUGGAAGCUUACCGGACCCAGAACCGCUUCCUGAACUCCGAGAUCCACCAGGUCACGAAGAUCUGGAGAAAGGUGGCGGAGAAGGAGAAGGCCCUCCUGAUGAAGUGCGCCUAUCUGCAAGCCAGGAACUGCCAGGUGGAGAGCAAGUACCUGGCGGGGCUGCGAAGGCUGCAGGAGGCCGUGGGGGCCGAGGCCAGCGAGUGCGUGGAGCUGCUGAGGCAGCUCACCCAGGAGGCGCUGCAGUGGGAAGCCGGCGAGGCCUCUGACGGCGUGGAGAUGAGCCCCAUCAGUGAGUAUGAUGAAUAUGGCUUCCUGAGGGUGCCCGACUACGAGGUAGAAGACCUGAAGCUGCUGGCCAAGAUCCAGGCGCUGGAGGUGCACUCCCACUACCUGCUGUCCCUCGAGGCUGUGGAGCGGCCGCUGCGGGAACGCUGGGCUGCCCUGGCUGAGCUCGUGCCCUCGGCCGAGCUCAAGCAGCUGCUGCGGGCAGGAGUGCCCCACGAACACCGCCCACGCGUCUGGAAGUGGCUGGUGCACCGCCGCACCCAGCACCUACACACUCCCGGCUGCUACCAGGAGCUGCUGAGCCGGAGCCAGGCCAGCAAGCACCCUGCUGCCCGCCAGAUCGAGCUGGACCUGAACCGUACCUUCCCCAACAACAAGCACUUCACUUGUCCCACCUCCAGCUUCCCCAACAAGCUCCGCCGGGUGCUGCUGGCCUUCUCCUGGCAGAACCCCACCAUCGGCUACUGCCAGGGCCUGAACAGGCUGGCGGCCAUCGCUCUGCUGGUCCUAGACGAGGAAGAGAGUGCCUUCUGGUGCCUGGUGGCCAUUGUGGAGACCAUAAUGCCAGCCGAUUACUACAGCAAGACACUGAUGGCAUCCCAGGUGGACCAGCGGGUGCUCCAGGACCUCUGCUCGGAGAAGCUGCCCAGGUUGAUGGCCCACCUGGGGCAGCACCAUGUGGACCUCUCCCUCAUCACCUUCAACUGGUUCCUCGUGGUCUUUGCAGACAGUCUCAUCAGCGACAUCCUCUUCCGGGUCUGGGAUGCCUUCCUGUACGAGGGGACCAAGGUGGUGUUCCGCUAUGCCUUGGCCAUUUUCAAGUACAACGAGGAGGAGAUCCUGAGGCUGCAGGACGGCCUGGAGAUCUACCAGUACCUGCGCCUCUUCACCAAGACCAUCUGCAACAGCCGGAAGCUGAUGAACAUCGCCUUCAACGACAUGAACCCCUUUUCCAUGAAACAGCUGCAGCAGCUGCGGACGGCCCACCGGGAGAGGCUGGAGUCUGAGCUGCGGGAGCUGGAGCGGCUCAAGGCCGAGUACUUGGAGAGGCGGGCGUCCCAGGGCAGAGCGGUGCCCGAGGGCUGUGCCAGUGAGGACGAGGGGGAAGGGGAGGCCUGACUUGGCCACCUGCCCUCCCCAAAGCCUUCCUUACCCUUGGCUGGCAGGCCCCUGGAAGUGAGGCAUGGACCAGUGGUCCAGCCCGGGUAGCCCUAUCACCAUGUGACCCUGGACAAGUCCCUUCUCUCUAGGCCUCAGUCUCCUCAUUGGGACAUUGUCUGCUGUGAAGCCAUUGGUUGGGUUACCUUUUGUGGGCACUUACCAGGGAUGCCAGCCCUUCCUGGCCUCCACACAGAGCACUUUAGCUGUAAACAAGGAAGAAGAGUGCUGUCUUUAUAGGGUAACCUUGAACAUCCUUUGGGUUAUAUUAAUAUAAACAAUGUAAAUGUUGGAAAUAGUUCACGAGCUUUGGGAUUUAAACAGUUCUCAGUUA